GUAAGUUCAUGCCAAAAGGUGGCCGAGAGUGAGCGAGUAAGCUAAAUGGUAGAUGGCGGGAGUGAUCUCGUGUGAUAUAACUGUGUUAGAUUAGUUUUUAAAUUUUAGUGUAAAAUAUAAAGUAGUUAUUAAAAUGACUAGAGCUAAAAUAGAACUGGGCGAUGUGACACCACAUAAUAUAAAGCAAUUAAAGAAGCUGAACACGGUCGUAUUCCCUGUGUCAUACAACGACAAAUUUUACAAAGAUGUCUUAGAGGCAGGCGAAUUGGCUAAACUUGCUUAUUACAAUGAUAUCGUGGUGGGAGCAGUGUGCUGUAGAAUAGACAUGUCAGAGAACUCCAGGCGGUUGUAUAUAAUGACUCUAGGGUGCCUCUACCCAUACAGAAGGUUAGGAAUAGGCACUCUCAUGGUGGAGCAUGUGCUAAAAUAUGUUGAACAGGAUGGUAAUUUUGACAGCAUUUUCUUGCAUGUACAAGUCAAUAACGAAGGAGCAAUAGAUUUUUAUAAGAAGUUUGGCUUUGAGAUUGUGGAAACGAAAGAACACUACUACAAACGGAUAGAGCCGGCCGAUGCUCACGUCCUACAAAAGACAAUCAGACAAGCACAGUCUGCACCGUUAGUGAAUGGGACUGUUCCUCAUGCGAAGACCAAUGGCCACGAUUGAAACAAACCAAGGAUUCUCAAUGUCUCAACUCAGUUGUUAUUGCGUAAAGCCUCAUUUACACAAAGAGGGUAUCUUGUCUCAAAAAUACGAUAGUAUAAUUAAUCAAAGUAGGUAAUGUAAAAAGUUAAACCAUUUUAAUUACGUAUGUAAAAUAUUGCAGAUCAAAGACAGAAAAUCAUUUUGCUUGAGAUUAUUGAAUUUGAUGUUUGCACAGAAAUGUUGUCAUCAUCCGAAGAUUGUUGCCAUCAACAAUAUCACAUUUCUUUAUGUAAAACUCUAUGUGUAAAUGAGGCUUAAAAGAGCAAGUGAUAAAUAAAAUAAGGAUCACUUUUAUAUUUACACGAAGGAUUAUUUGUAAUAACAAUGGAAUAAUAAGUAGGGUUGUGGUUUUGGACUGUUGAGGCCAUAAUGAUAGCUGUAUUGUGACUGAUUUCAUUCUACUAUCAAUGUUGAAUCUUGUACUGUACAGAUAUUUGUUAUAGUACUGCAUAGGCGUAAUUGGGCAAGUCCUGGUCACAAAUUGGAAAAAUCCUUUGUUCUCAUAAGGAAAGGUCAUAAAGACAGAUUCUCAAAACGACAGAAAUGGUUCCACCCAAAAUAUAAUACUGGCAAAAAAAUAAAACUACAUAUUUCUAAUUUAUUUUUUAUUUUAAGUUUUGGCUUUUUUUUGCUGAUUUAAAUUCAAUCUUCUCUCAGUUUCACAUCAUUCAAACUCAUAAAAGUUGGAUAAAUUCAUUUUAUUGCCUAGAAAUUAGUACCUACUAAAAUAAAACACUGUCUACUAAAAAAACGGAUGAGGAAGGCGGAGGAUCGUGUUUGGUGGCGCGUUCUUGGAAAGGCCUAUGUCCAGCAGUGGACGCCUACAGGCUCAUGGAAUGAAUGAAUGAAAAAAAAAAAACACAAAAUGCUUGUCCUGAAAAUUAGGCCCUUUGUAACUGUCCUCAUUUGUAAGAUAGGAGGACUUGUAUUAUUUUAUGUUUAAUUUAAUUUCUUUUUUAGGUUCACUAUAAUUAUAUUUAUGUGUUAAAGGUACUAACACAAAUCAAUUUAAUUUUUUCACUUAUGAGUGCUCUGUCCUUUUGAGAAUCUAUCUUUUCCAGAAUCUGUCCUAAUGCGAGCCAAGGGUAAAAAUUACUUCAAUAAAAUGAAGAUUUUUUGCCAAUCAAUUUAUAUAAUUUCCAUGACGAAAUAGCAUUAUAUUCUGCUUUUGUAAACCAAAUAUAAAGACAAAAACACAUGGCCUGUUAUCUUAAAAUUAAUGUUUUAAUGUGUGAUUGUUUUAAUGGAUUUAUUGACAAUUUACUAAAAUUUACUAUGAUAGAAAAUCUUAAAUGCCAACAAAUUUUAUCUCACAAAAACUUUUUGUUAAAGAGUACCAAACUAGAUACAUGGAAAGUGAUGAUGCGAGCAAUGGUAAAGUGCAAUCGCCAAGAAGAUGCCUAUUUACUAUUGUAUUUAAGUAUACAAUGUUUUUCUGUAUUUCAACUGAAAUAAUGCCAACAUUAAUAUACUAAAGAGUAAGAUACAAAAUGAAUGGGUACAAAUCCUAGUUAUGCAUGUGCAAGUACUGUUCUUAGCAAAAUCUUGUUGCAUUUUUUCCAAUAUGCGCCUACAAUCUGGUACAUUUUCAGGAAACAAUAACUACAUAGUACAUAUACCUAUGAAUUUUUGAAAAUAGCUUUUAGUAUUUGUAAAUUUCUCUUCAAUUUGGAUAAUAUUAUGUGUAAAGUAACAUAAUUUAGCUCUAGGCAUUCUUUUAACUAAACUCGGAUGGCAUAAAUUCUGUGUCCAUUUUUUACUGUACUUGUAUAAUAAUGUAAGGUUUAUCAUAAGGAUAGAAAGCUCUGACAUGGUCGUUUUAUUUGAACUCGAAAUAUGUAUUUAACAGGAUGAUUUUUCAAAGUAUAUCAACCUCGCAAUUAUUUGUAUUUUUGUUUUAGAUUUUGUCAAUACGUAAAAAAAAAUGUAAAAUGUUGUUAUUUUGUCAUAACUAAACUUUAAUGCAUGUACAUUUACUAUUUUUUAACCUAAAUUUGUUGAAGUAAGUAUUAUUUUUAUUUUUUGUAAAACUAUCUUCUCAUUGUUUUAAUAAUAAUAGGUGUUACCAAAAGUCAAUUUGCCCGCUGUCGAAAAGUUCUUAAAAAAUAUAUUUGUUGAUUAUCAUGUUUCUCUAAAACUUUUAGAUUUAGUACAAUAAACAUGAUUAACAAUUUC